CCAACCAGGGCCUGGUUUAUUUAAAUGUCUUCCAUCAACUUAGCAAUGUGGCCAGAGGUAGACAAUCUAGUUGAAAAAAUUAAAACGUGUUAUUUGGUUGUGCCACCAUUAUGCAAUGGAACUUAGAAAAAGUGGAAUGGAGCAUGCAGUGUCAAUCAUGCACUUAAGAUCAAGAAAUGUAAACAACCAUUGCCCUUAGGUAUUGUUUUCCCUCAAAAAUCCCUCAUCUUUCUUCAGUUUAUUUUAUCUUAGGAAAUUUGUUUGAUGCCUCUCUGUCACCAUCUCUCUUUUUCAACCCCUUGCCAGUUCAAUUCUGAAGAAAACUCUGCCAUCGUCCUCAAGAAAGUGACCUCUGCUCCUCCCACUGUUCCUUGCACUGCUCCUCACACUGACGACUUCUGCACCUUCGAACCGCUGUCUUUGGCAGAUGCUAAGGAGGAAUGCAUGUUAUUAGACUCCAUUGCUUGGCCUGAAACUCCUCCUCUGUCAGCUCCUCUUUUAUUUGACCAGACAAGUGAUCCCGCCCACAGCACCUUCACCAUUCUCCCAGGGAGGGGUGGAGUAGACCGGCAUGUAGGAGACCAGCUGGAAGUUAUGAUACAAAUAUACGACUUCCAAGGUAACCCCAAGAAGUCUGGAGGAGAUGUCUUACUUGCCCGGUUGCACAACAGGGCACUUGAAGCAGGUGUGGCUGGACGAGUGGUGGAUCACCUUAAUGGCUCCUACUCUGCUGUAUUCCCUUUACUCUGGGAAGGAAGCGCACAUGUUGAGGUGACACUUGUCCACUCAAGCGAGGCUGUCACAGUUCUGCACAGGCUGAAUAGAGAACAUCCUGAAAGGGUUCUCUUUAAAAGCCUCUUCCGCUCAGGUUCAAUCUCUGAAACUACCUCCUGUAAUGUUUGCCUACGUCAAACCAACCAGCCACAGUGCAACUACACUGACCUCCGUACAGGCGACCCUUGGUUCUGCUACAAGCCAAAGAAACUGAGCUGUGAUGACAGGAUUAACCACAUGAGAGAUGGAUUCAAUGUAAGACUCAAGGACAAAGAGGAGAAGCUUUUCCAAAGCAAAGUCAACCUGAAAGUCUUCAUUCACUCUUCAGGACCGGCCAAUGUCAUGGUGCUGCCUCCAAUGAAAGGGCAACCUGAGGUCGAUCAAGGCAAUGGGAAGUCUGGACUCUCUGGGUAUUACUACCAAGGUGUGUGGCGAUCACUUGGUGGCACCAAAGUCCACCAAUUCAACAACUCCUCUGCCAUCAGUCAGUGUCUGAAAGGAAAGGUGGUCCACCUGUAUGGAGACUCCACCCUUAGGCAGUGGUUUGAGUACUUUGAUGCUUCACUUCCAGAUGCUAAGGAGAUUAACCGGAAUAGUCCGAAGCAAACGGGACCUUACAUGAUAUGGGACAAUGCAAAAAACAUCUUGGUAACAUACCGUGUCCAUGGUCCUCCUCUUAGUUUUAUCUACAUUCCAACCAGUGAGCUGCAUUACAUUGCAAAUGAAAUUGAUGGGUUGGUAGGUGGCACCAACACAGUUGUAGUUUUUAGCAUCUGGGCCCACUUCAGCCCUUUCCCAAUUGAGCUCUACAUCAGACGACUUCAGAGCAUCCGCAGGGCGGUGAUUCGUCUGUUGAACAGGGCUCCAGACACACUGGUGGUCAUCAGGACUGCAAACCUCAGAGGUUUAACACCUUCUGACUCGUUAAACUACAGUGACUGGUACACACUACAGGAGGACAAGGUGCUCAGAGCUGUGUUCAAAGGACUUAAUGUUCGACUAGUGGACGCUUGGGAGAUGACUCUGGCCCACCACCUGCCUCACAACAUUCACCCAGGCCGUCCUAUUGUUAAGAAUAUGAUUGACAUUCUCUUGUCCUACAUAUGCACCAAAUAGGGCUAAUAGAUGUGCAUUUGUUCAGUGAGGGAGUUAAUAUGUCAAUCAAUUAAUCUUUAUUUGUAUAGAGCUAAUUCAUACCAAAUGUUAUCUCAAGACAAUUUACCAAAUAGCAGGUUAAAGGCCUUGCUCUAUCUCAAAAGACCCAGUAUUAAUCCAUCACGAGAAGACACAAAGAAAUCGCUUCCUGAAACCAGAAAUACAAUUUUGCAUUGACUCCUGCUGCCAUUUCCCUCUUCAUCUGCCACAGAAAAGCUGCCUAAAUCUGUUUAACAUAAUAACAAGGGCGGCUGUGGUAGAGUCGUCGC